AUGUAUAUAAGAUAUGUUGGAUCAUUAAGCAUAGCCAUAUAUGCACCUCCAUGGGGUGUCAUAAAACCCUGCGGGAUGGGCAUGUACCUUGCAGGCUGGUUGGCAGGGGAUGGGCAGCAUGGUGGUGGCGUUUUGCAGACUCGAGUGACAGGGCAUGGGAGGGUUGGUGCACGGCAGUGCUUUGGCAGGCAUGCCAGUGCAAAGCUCUGUGAAAAGCUUUCUGUACCGGUGAAAGAAUAUCCUGGGUACAAUUUCAUUGGGCUCAUCCUUGGUCCUCAGGGAAACACACUAAAGAGGAUGGAGAAGGAAAGUGGGGCUAGGAUUCUUUUAAGAGGUAAAGGCUCUUCGAAAGAACUUCAGUAUUCCUCCGCAAAGGAAGACUUACAUGUCAGAAUUGAGGCAUGUUAUAAAGAAUCAUUAGAUGCUGCAGUUAAAAUGGUUAAGAAACUGUUAGUUCCAAUUGCAGAGGGAAAGAUUGAAUACAAAAGGGAACAAUUAGCUGAGCUUGCUAGACUGAAGAAAGAUGCAAGUGGUUGCCGUGUGUGUUGUGAGAAAGUAUUGCUGUCCGAGCCUGCAGUCCAUUUUCAUGAGCAUGUCCUACGACUCAUGUGGUAG